GCAAAUCCUACAGAUAAAUCAACAUAAUUCGAAGAGUAGGACGUUAAAAACGUCUUUUUUCCCCUCACUUUUCAAAUAAGUCAAUUGCGUCAUGGCGUCCAUGAAAUCAUCAGCAACGAAGUGUGAUAUCUGCACAAAAGAAUACGACACACUGAAAAGAAAACCAAAAUUUUUGGAAUGCUUCCAUACAUUUUGUCUAUUAUGUCUUGAGAAUUGUAAAACCAACGGAACUGUUAAUUGCCCAACAUGCGCCCAAGAUACGGAAUUAAAUUCUGAACUAGACAAAAGCCUCCAAACAAACUUCUACAUAAUGAAGCAAUUGGAGAAUCCAAACCUUGUGGCUAUUGCUGAGACUCCUGAUGUUGAGUCUCUGAAAAAUCCGAAAAAUGACUUUUACUGGUGCAUUAAUUGCAACACGACUGUUUCGAAAAAUACAAGCUGCUUAAAAAUUCACGAUACGCAUGACUUGGAAGAGGAGACCGGAAGAGAGAUGGCCGAAAGUCACCUUAAAUCGCUUUUAAUAACGUGCAAGGCUCACGGGAAUAGGUCUUUGGUCAAGUAUCGAGAGAUGGAAUCGACUUUGAAAGCCGCAAAAAUUGCUCUUCAAGCUGUUGAAGCGCAAAUCGACACCCGCACCAAAGAAACCGAACAUCACAUCACCAAAAUUCAAAAUCAUUUAUCGGACGUAGCUGAUCAAUUAAGCAAACCAUUAGAAGAAAAAGAAACGGGAGAAAAUAUUCACGGGUUAUUCCAGGAAUACAAUCAACUGAUGAGCGAAUUGAAACAAAAGAAAACGACGGAUUUCGAUUCAAUGCGCAACGCAAUGGUCUCCGUUGACGUACAAAAUUCAAACAGUGAAAAGCUAUCAAUUCCUCUGUUCAAUCGUGCCCUAAUCAAUUUCCCCGCACAAGGAGCCAACGAACAAGAAUCGAAUAUUUUAACUUCUCUGUUCGUUUUGAUUCUAUUGAGCGUUCAAAUGGAAUCACCAGCAAAAUCUUCUGUGAUGCAGAGAAAGUUGAAAAUGACAAAAGCAAGGCGAAACACAACAGAAGUCAAAUUUCUGGAAGUCUCUCCGGGAAAAGAAGCUGAAAAUAAAAAAAUAGGCAAACCUUUAACACGAACAGCUUCCUAUUUAGCACUAAGGCCAGAGUCUUUUGAAUAUACUAAAACGGAUGUGUCCUUAGCAAAUCAAUGUUCCAGCAGUCAGCAAACGGAUUAUGAUAAAACUGGCCAGUUUCGUCCUACCACUACCAGGCAAGAGAAACUUACUCAAAAACAAAAUGAACCCUUGUCACCGAGUUGGAAUCUAUCAAGCCCAGAAUUUCAACCAUUAAAAACGACCUCUCAAGAGACUUACAGCGUUAGGCCAUCACGAAUGAGGGCAUCGUCGUUGGUGUCAUUAAAAAACACAACAGUUGUCUUUAACCUAGCCGUGAAUGGAAGGCCGUACGGAAAAAUCGUCUUUGAACUUCGACCGGAUUUGGCUCCAGUCAUGUGCCAGCAAUUUGUUCAAAGUUGUCAAGCUACCGAAGGACCCGCUUAUCCUGGAACUGUCAUUUAUCAAUCGAAGCCGAAGACAUACAUCAUGGGAGGCAAAUUUCCAGGACCGGAAGCAUUAUACAUGGCGGAUCUUUCGCCUUUAAAAAAGACCCGCGGAGCCAUCUUUUUCCGAUUAAAACGCGACUAUGUAAAAACGCAAUGCAGUAUUGUUUCGACAGAAUUUUGCAUUCACCUUGGAGAAGAAAGUAACGAAAAUCAUCGAACGUCGACCGUAUUCGGUUAUGUCUGCGAUGGCUUCGCCGUUUGUGAUGCAAUAAGUUACAUGGACUGUAGCAAAGAUCAUAUUGCCAUUGCCUCGGCUAAGAUAGUUGGUUAAACUAUCGGGUGCCUCCUCUGAGCAGCAACUUAUUUCGUAUUGGUACAAUAUUUUGACAUAGUGUUACAAGUACAUUUAGAAAAAAAAAGUAGCUGAUCAGAAUAAGUAUCGACGUUAAGCAUAUCGAAUACUUUUUCUUUAAAAUUCAAGGGGGGAUAAAAUUUUCAUUUGAAAUAAGGCAAUAUAAAAUAUGAGUAGCAACCUAUUCAAGUUACAUAGGCUAAUAAAUAAAUAUGCUUCAAUUCUUAUAAUCGCAUAUAAAGCAUAUAAUGGCCUAUAUAACUUGAAACAAGCCAAAUUUCUUUGAAAAUUGAUCCCGUGAAUUAUUAAUCGAUUAGAGAUCAUUUAGCAUUACUUCCUACAUAUAAUAUACCACGAGACGUUUAUGAUUUACUCGAUAUAAAAAAUCAAUUACUGAUUUUCAGAAAUAUCAGAAUAGUAUUUCUGGACAGCAAUUAUUUUCUAUGAAUCCAAUCAAUUAUAUUUCAUGAUAAUGAUUAGGAUAAUAGAAAAUAAAAACAAAACAAAAAAUUUACAGUAUUCCAUAUUCUUUCAAAUGUAAACAUUCUAGUUGUAAUAUUGACAAAUAAGAAUAGUAAAAA